AUGGCUCACAUUAUCCCCGCGCAGGUGUCCUUACAAUCGGGCGAGGUUUCCCCGCUUCCCUUAUCGAUCUCCAACCUCAUACGCACUCGAUCGGCACGAACCAGUCUCAACGCUGUCGAAGAGCAAUUCCCAAAACAAAGUCGUCGCGGCUCCAUACUGAGGAAGCUGGCGGGCCCACGUGAAAACGCGAAGAGAUUCCUUCGCCUGCGGUCAUCCGGAAUCUCGGCACCCGCUCCCCCGCAAUCAAAACUCCCACGCCAGCGCACCGCUCGGCCUGUCUCGGAGAUCAUACUCUCUCCCAGAGUUGCGACAAUACAGCCUGACGAAAUAAUGCCCGAUAUCAUGGCCGACGUGUUGCCCCGGGCGGUGGCUGAACAGCCCAACGCCGUUCCCGAGCUAACUACACCGUUUCCGCCGCUGCGCAACGAGAAGAUCAUUGCGACUGGAAGCGGACUGACGCUGGGUAUUGCGCUCACUGAGCCAGUUUUAUAUCUCCAGGGCUAUGAUCAGCAUGACCCGAGUUCCAAGAAGUCGGCUAUCUUGCGAGGCCAAAUACACCUCAAGGUCACCAAAUGUGUAAAAAUCAAGAAGAUCUCGAUCUGUUUUAAGGGUCAUGCGCAAACGGACUGGCCAGAUGGUAUUCCCCCGAAGAAGAUCCACUUCCACGAUAAGAAAGACCUUUUUACCCACGGUGUCGUAUACUUCAACCACGGUGAUACCGCACUCAUGCAGAACGACUACGGUGCACACUACUAUCAGCACGCUAAGCCCGUCUCACCUGUACCUGGAAAGGAUGCAGUGAUUGCCACAAGCCGAGAGCUCUUCUCCAAGAGUGGUUCAACCAACUCACUUGGCCCCGCAAUCGCUUCCCGAGACCCCAGGCGCCUAUCCAUACCGACCACUCGUGGACACUCUCGGAGCUUCAGCAGAAACGAACCACCUACCAGUGCUCAGACACAACAGCAGCGCAACUACCGGAUGUUCCCCGUGGGUGACUACCUGUACAGUUUCGAGUUCCCAAUUGAUGGAUCGUUGCCUGAAACCAUCAAAACCGAUCUAGGGUCCGUGAGGUAUGACCUAGAGGCUAUCGUGGAACGAUCAGGCGCCUUCCGGCCAAAUCUGCUUGGCACGAUGGAAAUUCCCGUGAUUCGCACCCCAGCUGAAGGUUCUUUGGAGCAAGUCGAGCCGAUUGCAAUCUCGCGAAAUUGGGAAGAUCAGCUUCAUUACGAUAUUGUCAUCUCCGGGAAAUCCUUCCCUCUCGGUUCUCAGAUCCCGAUUGCUUUUAAACUCACCCCGCUCGCAAAGGUGGAAUGCCACCGCAUCAAAGUGUAUGUGACGGAAAAUAUCCAGCACUGGACGGCAGAUAAGAGUGUACAUCGUCUGCAGCCCGCCAAGAAGGUGCUUCUGUUCGAGAAACGAGCCGAGUCAGCCAGCACAAGUACUUAUCCGGGUAGCUCGAUGCGAAUCACUGCGGGCGGCGGUAUCGAUUGGGAUCACCGUGCCGCCGCCGCGCGAGGAGAGGAGAUUGUCGAUCGUGGCAGGACGAAUUUGCUCGGCAAUCUAGCGAACGAUUCCGGGGUUGGUCCAACUGAGAUGGAGUUCAGUGUGCAACUUCCGAGCUGCCAUGAAAUGAGAGGACGGGAUGAGGGACAGCGCUUGCACUUUGACACUACCUAUGAAAACAUCCAGAUCAACCACUGGAUCAAGAUUGUGCUCCGGCUGUCCAAGAUUGAUGAGAGAGACCCAACUAAGCGAAGACACUUUGAAAUCUCCAUCGAUUCCCCAUUCCAUAUUCUCUCCUGCAAGGCGACGCAAGCGAACAUCUACCUACCGGCUUAUUCUAGACCGGCUACCGACCCAGACCCACCUGCGCAAGAACACGAGUGUGGCUGCCCCGGUGCACCUUUGGCAUCAAGGGAGUAUUCCAUUACCCAGUCGAAUUCCGAUCGGGAAGACAGCACAUCAAAUCUCACCCGCCGGGAUUCAAUCGGCCGCGCCGUCACGCGAAGCUUCACAAAUGGAUCCGGUGGAUUGGCACGUCCCCCGCAAGCCCAUCUAGCGCACGAUGCUCCCGCACGAGAUAUUCCUCGCCCUAUGCAUCUCCUUCGGACGCCAUCCUUCGCUCCUCCUGCCUUCGAAGAUGUCCCUCCACCCCCUCCACUUAUCACACCCCCUCCCGAGUACACCACCAUUGUUGGCAAUGGUGAUCGAGAGGCUGUGUUGGAAGAUUAUUUCUCUCGCCUUUCUUUCUACGAGGAAGGAGACGACGACCGGGGCCUCGGACGGGUGGACGUCCCCUUGACCCCGGGAGGCCGUGUUAACCGUAGUAUGGAUGUACCCCGAGAAUGGGUACGCUUGGAUGACUUUACCGCUUCAUGA